ACCUUUAAAUUUCAUUGUGAAUUUUAAUUGACUUGCAACUGCGUGUGAAACGCAAGCGAAAACAGUCAAUCUCACCACACAAAAUUCCAGCAUGGAAAGUGAAGUGCCAUGUCACUCGUAGCCCGGCCUAUCACAGCGCCUUAUCUUCCACCCCCUUAUCUCUCCCCUGCAAUCCAAACAGCUUACCUUAUAGAAACAGCGUCCACUUUCUCGCUAUCUUUCCUUCGCUGGAAGCUCUACCAAAGGGGGCGAUGGCGGCCACUUCUUUCCUGGGAUCUCCAGCUCUACUCAAGCCACAAACCACUUCCCAGGCCAGCACUGCGGCUCCUCUCAAGACCAACUUGGCGAUCAAGGCAGCUCAAGGCAAAGACGAGAAGAGAAGCAGGAGAAACAUCGUCGGGAUUGCAGCAGCUGCGUUGCUCGUUGGAGGAUUGCUGUCCGGCGAGCAAGCCAAGGCCGGGCUUGUGGAAGAUCUUCUCGCAAAGUCUGCUGCUAAUAAGGAGCUAAAUGAUAAGAAGCGAUUGACAACGAGUGGAGCGAACCUGGCCCGUGCCUACACAGUCGAGUUCAAUACUUGCAGGUUCCCAUACAACUUCACCGGCUGCCAAGAUCUCGCGAAGAAACAGGAUGUCAAGUUCUUGAGCGACGAUCUGAAGCUCGAGUGCGAAGGCAAAGAUAAGUACAAGUGCGGCUCCAAUGUAUUCUGGAAGUGGGGGAAGUAAACGCAUGAAAUGGAAAUCUUACGAAAAGUUGAUCCAGUCUUGUUGAUUGUUCAAAAACGGAGAAAACAAAUCGACCAUUGCUGUGAAGUAUAGAUUGUGAUCCUGUAUAAAAAAAGAACGAAAAAAGAAAACGAGUAAAUGAGUAUGAGAUUAAAAUGAUUCUUAUGUACUUCCGUAUUACGUCUAUAUACAAAUUGACUACACCGCU